AUGGGUCGUGAUCAAAAAUUCGCCUUGGUUACAGGGUGCGGGAAAGGCGGAAUUGGCGAGGCUCUUGUCCUAGAGUAUACUCGUCGGGGCGUCCAUGCUAUUGCGACUGUGCUCCCGAAUGAGGAUAGCGAUCAUCUAACUGCAGCUGGGAUUACUUGGUUUCCUCUGGAUGUGAGAGACGAAAAGUCUGUUAUACACCUAAAGGAAGAGAUCCUCGCAGUUACCGGCGGCUACUUGGACUUUCUCGUUAACAAUGCGGGAAUAUGCUAUACGAUGCCUGCCAUUGACACUGAUGUCAAUGCUGUGAAGCGAAUGUUUGAGGUCAAUGUUUUUGGGCCGAUGCAGAUGGUGCAUCACUUCCAUGACAUGCUCAUCCGAGCAUGUGGAACUGUUGUCAACAUUGGAUCCAUUGGCGGUGUCGUGCCAUACAUGUACGGAGCGUCAUACAACGCAUCUAAAGCUGCUCUUCACCAUUAUUCCAAUACACUGCGUCUUGAGAUGUCACCCUUUAAUGUUAAAGUGAUAUGUGUCAUCUCUGGAGAAGUUGGAACCAACAUUCUCAAGAACGACGUCAACCGAAAACUGCCUGCAGGAUCAUACUACACGCCCCUCGCCACUGAAUUUAAAGACCAUGUUACAAGAACACCCAAGACUACAAGCAGGUUCGUUUAUGCAUCGAAUGUUGUCUCUCAGAGCUUGAGGUCGUCCCCAGUACCGUGGCUGUGGACCGGAAGCGCCACUGGUAUAAUUCGAUUUUUGGACAUGUUUGCGUGGCGUACAAUCUGGGACUUCUUCUUCUACCGCGAGUUUAACCUGGAUAAAGUCAAGCAAGCGCAUUUGGCAAACGUCAAAAAGGACCUUUAG